UUCGUUACAAAACCCAACACACUCGUGUCGUCUCGUAUAAACAAACAACUUUAGCCGCAGCUUGUCUCACUGGUCUCUCGUACGUCGCAACUCUCUGUCCGCGUUCAGCACAUUCACGUACGUCCCACGUUACCGUUUUGUUUUUUAAACGUCUACGAGUUUAUCACUGGACCGCGUCCCGGUGUCAGUCAAUUGACCAUAAACAAUUGCCGUCGAGGUGCGUCUAACGAAGCGCGCCACCAGACCGGAGACGACGAUCACGAUAUCUUAAUACAACCACCGUCGUCACAAUUACUGCCGCGAUGUCUGAAGUGGCUGCCGAGAACAACGUACCUUCAGUUCAGGAAGGUGAAAAGCGUGGACGUAAAAGAAAUACAGGAUCUCGUACAAAUGCUAUUAAUGCUACUUAUGCUGAAGCUGAGCUGAUUACCAAGGGAUUGAACAAUACUGAUGAUGUUGAUGGAAGGAGAACGACCAGAUCUUCUACACGAGGUUCAACUGCUGCAUCAAAAUUAAAAAAUGAACCUCCAGCAAAAAAAGAGAAAAAAGUUCCGGCUGUUAAAGGCAAACGAGGAAGGCCAAAAGCAGUCACAAAAGAAGAGAGUGAAGAAGUGGUAUCAGCUGAAGAAAAUGGUAUUGCUGAUAAUGAUGUAGAUUCUAAAGCUGAUAAAGGAGGAAGUUCCACAGAAGAAGAAGUAGAUUCAAAAACUGAAAAUAAAAUUGAAAAUGGAAAUUCAUCAGCCGAAGAAGAGAAGAAAGAAGAAGAGAAAAAGGAAUCAACUGAUGAAUCUGAUAAGCCUGCAGCAACAGAGGAAAAAAAAGAGUCCUCAAACCCAUAAGAUACGAAUCAAAAUGCUAAAAUAAUUUAGUGUUUACAAAGUUUAGUGUUAAGCAAGAUAUUUAAUACUUAAAUUUAUUUUGAUAGUUAUUAUCAUGAUUUUGGUACAAGUUUAUUUUAAUUUAGUAACUACACAUUUUUUUUUUAUAACUAGCCUAUCCUGGUGAUAGGCUUCGACUUAAUUCUGGGCAAUUGAAUUUCAUCCCAUGUAAUAAAUAUAGUUCUCUAACACUUCACAUAAAGAAAUAAAAACAUUACAUACUGAUUA